CCAAUCAGCGUUCGGCGCGGCUCCCGGUUAUAACUCCUCCGCGGAAGCGCCCGGACUCAGACCUUCCCCCGGACGCCGAAGAUGCGGGUCCUGAGCCCCCCCACCCUCCUCCUGCUGCUCUCGGGGGCGCUGGUCCUGACCCCCAGCUGGGCCGGCCCCCACUCCCUGAGGUAUUUCUACACCAGCGUGUCCCGGCCCGGCCGCGGGGAGCCCCGCUUCCUCGCCGUCGGCUACGUGGACGACACGCAGUUCGUGCGGUUCGACAGCGACGCCCCGAAUCCGAAAGCGGAGCCGCGGGCGCCGUGGAUGCAGCAGCCGUGGGUGGAGCAGGAGGACCCGGAGUAUUUCCACCGGAGCACGCGGAUCUUCAAGGGAGCCGCACAGAUUGACCGAGGGAACCUGCAGACCCUGCGCGGCUACUACAACCAGAGCGAGGACGGGUCUCACACCAUCCAGAGGAUGUUUGGCUGUGACCUGGGACCCGACGGGCGCCUCCUCCGCGGGUACAAUCAAUACGCCUACGAUGGCGCCGACUACAUCGCCCUGAACGAGGACCUGACCUCCUGGACCGCGGCCGACAUGGCGGCUCAGAUCACCAAGCGCAAGUGGGAGGCGGCCGGUGAUGCAGAGCAUUACAGGAGCUACCUGGAGGGCCUGUGUGUGAAGUGGCUCCAAAUUUACCUGGACAAAGGGAAGGAGACCCUGCAGCGCGCAGACCCUCCAAAGGCUCACGUGACCCACCACCCUGUCUCUGCCCGUGAGGUCACCCUGAGGUGCUGGGCGCUAGGCUUCUACCCUGCGGACAUCAGCCUGACCUGGCAGCGUGACGGGGAGGACCAGACCCAGGACAUGGAGCUGGUGGAGACCAGGCCUGCGGGGGACGGCACCUUCCAGAAGUGGGCGGCCGUGGGGGUGCCCCCUGGAGAGGAGCAGAGAUACACGUGCCACGUGCAGCAUGAGGGGCUGCCCGAGCCCCUGACCCUGAAAUGGGAGCCGCCUUCUUACACCUUCUUCAUCAUCGUGGGCAUCGCUGGGGGCCUGGUUCUGCUGGGAGCCGUGGCUGCAGCUGUGAUGUGGGGGAGGCGGCGCUCAGGUGGGAAAGGAGGGAGCUACUCUCAGGCUGCCAGUAGUGACAGCGGCCAGGGCUCUGAUGUGUCUCUCUCGGCUUCUAAAGCGUGAGGCAGCUGCCUUGUGGGGACUGAGUGAUGGAAGAUGUGUUCACACUCCCACUUCCUGACUCAAGAACCUCUCAUGGGGGGCUGGCCUGCUCUGCUCCCCACACUUUCCUGUAGGCAGAGGCGGGCUGGGCCCUCCCCAUCCCUGCCUUUACUCCCUGCUGCUCUGAGCUGCAACUUCUGCUUUGUAUUGAAAUGAGACUGUGGAUUGACCUUGUGUUUUCAUUCUUGCCGUGACUGGUGACGGGUAAUUAAAGGAGACCCUUUAAUUAAUUAUUUUCUCAGAGGAAAUAAAUGGAAGCACCAAGGAUUCUGC